AUUCUCCGGCCCGUCUUUCAACAACUUCUUUGUCUUGACCUUUUAUCAUUUGUUUAAUUUUGCAAAGACAACCAAACUCUCAAUCAGUUACUCUGCUCACAAUAAUUCAACAUCCCGUCAAUAAUAUCUAUCGUAUGCCUGUUGGUCUCAGGAUCUCCUUCAGGGAAGCGAACCCGCAGAUAUAACGUGUGCUUGGUUCAGGUCUCGGCGUUUCCUUUAGCGUUUCCCCCGUGUCGCUCCAGCCACUCUGCAUUUGGACCAAGACGUUGACGGGCUGCUAAAAAGAGUCUCGCCCGUCCGUCCACCCAAAGACAAGGCACAGCACAGACCUGCCCCUCUCGUCCUUCCACCUCGCAGUUGGCCGCCCCAAUCCUGCCGCAAGCCAAUAAGUCAAAUCCUAGCUUGAGCUGGUACAUCACUAGCGGGUGGAAGCUAAAGUGAAAUUCUCUCUGCCUGGGCACUUGUCUCGUCUGCGAUUGCCAACAGCCGCCUUUCCAAUCUUGAAUUGACGACCGCCCAUUUAAUCCCACCUCGGUUUUCUUUUCUUCUUCUAUUUUUAUUAUUAUUAUUAUUUGCGCCUGUGUGCCCGCCACUACGCACCACGUCAAGUCAGGCAAAUACCAAGAAAACUGGCCCAUUUCGAAUUGGGCGAAGCUCUUGAAAAGGACAACAUCUCGGCCACACCCGCAGCAACCUGUUCAAUAGCACGCGUGUCGCGUGUGCUCGGCUGGGUCAGGAUCGUCGCUACAUCAUUCGGUUUGGUGUGGUGCGACAGACAGCCAUCGAGGCCCUACCCGACCAUGGGCCGCGCAUAGUUCUUUUCGCAACUCGUUCGCUUGCUAGGAGAUUAUUGCUGCAGUUUUUGCGGUUUAGGAUCCCCCAAGCAACAUUGACUUGGCUUCCUCUAUAGUCAGCUUCCCCAUAGCCACGUUCCUCGUUUCAAGGACUGGCGAAGAAGGCCACCUUUCGAGCCCAAGUUUCAACCGGCGAAUCCGGAGCCAGAGGACCGGUAACCAUAUCCGGGCGAAUGCACCUUGGGAAUCUUUUGCACUUAUUACUUGAUUAUUUGUUGUCAUUCUACGACUUUCGGCAACCCUUUUUUCAACUGGACUCUAUCGGCGGCUUGGUCUGCCCCUUCCAGAUAUUCUGUUUAAUAUUGCCCUCCGUCGCUGUUCCGGCGUGGACCCGAUUCAUCGACACUGCGGCAACUCGCAAACGAUUUCGAAACGAAACGAACUGCUCCUGUAAACACUAAAGCUGGCGACUUCAGAGCAACCGUCUUUACAAGUAGUGGGCUCACUCGUCUUUCACGAACACCAGACAGACCGGCACACCCUUGAGCUUACUAGAUUAUCAUUUCCUUCGAUACCCCAUUGUCGAUAGAUUUCCUCACUUGCACUUCACUACUACUUACAUCUUUGACACUUUGAUCGGCAAUAUUGUUUGUAUCUCGAUAUCUCACGACAGCCUUUGCUUCUUAGAGUGCAAGGCUUUAGAAUUACGCACCCGCAGCAUUCUUUCGUGUAUCUCAAAACAGAAUCGAGACGACUGCUCGACUUUUGAACUCUUCAAUUAUCACCAUGAGUUCUGGUACUUUGAAGGCUGUUCCCCAGCCCAAACCUGGCCAGGGCCAUCCAGUGGGAGGUCCAAGUAGCCAGGCAAUCUUGUUGGAGAAGCUCAACCGGCGCGCAACACCAGACUCGGAGGCGCUCGCCAGCUCCGACGAUGACGGCGAUCACCGCCAAGACCAAAACCAACCAGUGGUACAACCUCACAAACCAGUCCGUCGAGCUUCAUGGCUGAACGACACCAGUCAGUCUGCUAUUCGACCUCGCAAGGAUUCAUUUGCGAGCAGCACAAUGUCUCCCACCGCAUCUCACCCAAGCACACCGUCUGUGGAGACCGGUGCCUCGACGUGGGGUAAUCUUCCGGGGCAGACUGCAAGCCUCAGCCGUGCACACACUGCCGGAAAUUCCAACUUCCCCUGGGGAACUGCCAUCUGGGGCUCUGAGAGGAAGGAGUUACCGUCCAGGCUGGCAGAACAUAUUCCUUCACCCACGACGGCCUUCCCGCCGGGAACUACUGGUUCUCCCUUUGGGAAUCCCGAGCAUGGCCUUGCCCAAACAUCUCCGGGUCCCAGGGAGCCGGUUGCUAAUUCACAAAUCCCUUUUGCGAUCCCCCUACACCCUACGCCAAAGACCUAUCGGUCUCAGUCGUAUUCUGUAGGUCAAUUGGACCCGGAUACCCCGACAAACCCGAUGAUGCCCUCCUCUACAAUGGGAAGUCGGACCCGGCAGCUGCCUCACCCUGGCCUACAGCACCGUCCUUCCCGUCCCAGUAUGCUCAGUGAGAUGUCGAACGAUGGAAUGCUCGGCAAGGUGAAGGAGGUUGAGGACGACGACGAGAGUAGCGAGUCCAUGAGUGGGAGCCAACAGCAACAGCAGUCAGCCGAAUCUAAAACUAUCGAGUUCUUGACCCGAGAGAAUGCCAUGUUGCGGCAACAACAGCAAUACCACAACUCCCGUCUGAGGCCCCGGGCUUCUACAGGCUAUGGACUUGGCGGCAACGGAUACGGCAUGCAAGCAUCCGUACCCGAGGAGUCUGAUUAUGCAAUCGAUGAGCUGGAGGAGUCUCAGGACAGUGAAUUUGCCAGAAGGGCUUACGGCCGUAGGAUGAGUGAAUUCGGUGUUCCAGGAGGCACUUCUCAGUUCCGAUCGCCCUUCUCCGCAGAGAACCGCAAGAUCGAGACCAUGAAAAAGGCAUAUUGGCACAGUGCUUUAGGCUUUGGAGGUCUUGGAGACCAGCCGCAAAGCCGCAGGCAUUCAUUUGCCGAUGUGCCCCAGAGGCAGGCGUCUAUCAGCUCGCUUGGUGAGCACUUGGGACAAGAGGUGUUGUCACAAGAGCCUCAGUCCGGACUCGACUUUACGUCGCCAUACGCGGAUAACUCGGCCUACCAGACUAACUCUACCGCUACGUACUUUACCGGCGGUUCUGGUUUGCAGAUGGCACAGCAAGCUAUGGGCCCAUCGGCUGGGUAUCCUAGCCCGUACCCAUACUCAAUGAAUGCUGCCAUAUCUCACCGACCCACGUCCCCACACCGUGCCAUGUAUGGUAUCAGCCAGCCGAACCGCCUGACACCUUUGCAUGUGGUUCUGUUCAAGUGCGCCCGAGCCGACGUCUUCUAUAUUCAGGAAGGCACGGGUCUCACUGUCAAGGCUGGCGACUUGGUCAUUGUGGAAGCAGACCGUGGAACCGACCUGGGAACGGUUGCAGCAGAGAACGUCGACUGGAACGAGGCCAAGCGUCUGAAGGAGCACUAUGCUGAGGAGCAGUAUAAAUGGCUCAUGAUGUACUCUCAGAAUGCCGGCGUCGCCCAAGACGGUGUAGGCGCGGGACUUAUGGCUGCGUCGAAUGGCGGCAGUGCUAUUGGUGGCAUGGGGCCUCCUGGUCAACACCACAUGCAGGAGCCUCCUAGCAGCGGCGAGCUGAAGCCGAAGCUCAUCAAGCGACUCGCCCAGGCCCAUGAGAUCCAGAACCUGCGGGACAAAGAAGGCAAUGAAGCCAAAGCAAAGAGAGUCUGCAUGCAGAAGGUUAAGGAGCAUGGUUUGAACAUGGAGAUUCUCGAUGCCGAGUUCCAGGUAGACUGGAAAAAAUUGACUUUUUACUACUUUGCCGACUCGUACAUCAACUUCAACUCCCUCGUCACGGAUCUCUUCAAGAUCUACAAGACCCGCAUAUGGAUGUCAGCCAUCAACCCAGCUUCGUUUGCAACUCCGCUCGGUUUGCAAGCUCCCAGCGGCGUUGGUCCGGGAGCGGUUGGGCUCGGCCGCGGUGGCGGCGUUACCGGCUCUGAUCGUCGCCAGCAUGCGCAAUCUGAGCCGGUUCAGAGUGCUCGCGGUUUUCAGCAACAAGCAGCAACUUAUACACAGCCUUUUUCGGCUGAAAGGGUAGCCCCGCCAACUGCUACCACUUUCGCGCCUCCCACAUACUUUCCAACCUACGCGGGUUUCCCUGGCUCUGGUCGCGCGCCAGGGUCCAUGCCUUAUGGGAAUACGGGUAUGGUCUCAAGUGCUGACGCGUAUACCGCCGCUGGAUUUUCGCAAGGUGGCAUUGACUAUCGUGCUCGCAUGGCUACCCCACAAUCAUCCGGGCCCGGCCCGCAUGAGGAGGCACUGUCACCUCUCUCUGUGCCAGCAGACAUCGCUGGCCCAUUUCAAAGCCUGUCUCUCAACUCCCGCUGAGCAUCCUGGCUGAAGGUUCAAUUCACAUCAACACGAUCGCUUGGCUUAUAUAUCUUAUCAUCCGCUCGAUCACUACGUGUCUUUAACAAGCAGUUGCAUAUUUUAUCAUGUUUUUUUUAUCAGCUACGACUACCAAUGAGCAUAGACGGUUUCACUCGUUCAGUCAGACGGCAGACAAGACGACGGUUGUAACCUACAAAAAAAGUUACGUUUAUUCACGAGUUCGAUACUGGGUUUUCACGGAUGACAGACAGAUUUAUCAUCCUAUCAGGCUCUUCUAUGGCGUUAAAACGCUUGCUUUUAUUUUCUUCCUUUGGUUCACUAUCGUUGGCCAAGGAUGCGCACAGUUCUGCAUCGUUUGUAUUUCGGGUUCACACCCUGCGACGUUAGACGGGAGCUGCUGCUGGCAAGGGCAAGGCUGGAAUUUGUCGACCUUUCUUGCCUCGAGCGCGUUGAUUUGAUGUGUCUUCAUCUUUUUGUGUUUGGUAUGUUGUGUUUUUUCUUUCUUUUUUUUUCUUUUGUGUUUGGGACAAACUUGCGAGAUGGAAUUGGACUUUGGAAAGAAACAUCAAAAUGGCACAACCUAUAAACAGGGAACGAUACGGAGACUUGAUAGACAGACUCUUUCCCGUUUUGUUUUUAUUUUCUCGUCGCAUGGAGCGAGCGACAUGGCAGGGUAGGUAUGUAAUUAAUUGUCAGAGUCAGACAAGGUCAAGGGGAGGAUUAUUGGAGCGCAGGGAGUGAGAACCACAGCCCUUUGUCUUUUUUGCGCAGGGUUUUAAUUCAUGUAUAUUUGUUAUCAAAUGAUAAGAUUGGGGGUUUUUUUUUGACUAGUAUUAUUUAUAUUUCAUCUUCAAUCCUGGGAGCAGUCCAUGAAUAUACGUUGUCUCGAUUGGUUUGGCUCCCUACAUACAUACCUGGUGGGUG